AACUGUGCAUCAGGACCCUGAAUCGGUGGCUGGAGUGUUUGAGAAGAUGAUUUUUUACCUUCUCUUGCUGAUUUCUUCUCAUUACAUAGCUUCAGGUGCAGAAGCUGUGUACUGUAUAAAGGAAUUGCCCUGCAAUGUCACUGAGUGCUUUAAAAUGAGGGACUCAGAAAACACCGUUUGCAGCUCCAUCCAGAAAACAGAACACUGUAGUAUCAGUGGACCCCUCAUCAAGCUGAAAUGUGAGGCACAAUUACAAUGCCUCUGCAAUGAAGAAGGUCCGUUUGGACUGGAUGAGUUUCCUAAAAUCCCUGUAAAAGAUCAAAGUAGCAUGUCAAUGGAAAAUGAGGUCCAGCCUGAGGAAACCAAGCACUAUGAAGAUGACCUAUCCACACCUGAAGUGCCAGAGAGGAACAACACCAACAGGACCGAGUCAUCUGGUUCCAGCAUGACCCCACUGCAGAUUGCUGCUGCUGUUGCUGUUCCUGCUGCUGUUGUUGUUGGUGCCGGUGCCAUUGCACGCUACGUCUGGAAGGCCUGUCCAAAGCAGGGGCACAGGGACGCAGAGCAGGAAGAGAGAGACCCACAGGGACAGCCCCUGGCACAGGACCAAAAUAUAAUGAAGCUGGAAGACAUGAAUGGAGAUGGGGAGGGGGAAGUGGUGUAAGAUUUUUGUUUAAUAAAUCAUGUAAAAUUGA